AUGUCAGACGCAAGCUACACCACCCUCCUCACCUCGACCGUCGCGCCGGGCGUGCUUCACGUCGCGCUUAACAGGCCCGCUCAGCGGAAUGCUAUGAAUAAAGUAUUCUGGCGCGAAUGCUUGCACCUCUUCACGCGCCUCCGCACCGACACUUCCACACGCUGCAUCAUCAUCUCCGGCGGCGUUUCCCCCAUCUUCACCGCUGGCCUCGACCUGAAAGAUUUCGCGAGUCUAGCUGGUGAUGGAGAGGACAAGGAUGGGGCGAGGAGGGCGUUGGUGUUUAAGGAGCUUGUGGAGGGGAUGCAGGAGGCGUUUUCGGCGGUUGAGAGGUGUCCGCAACCGGUGAUUGCGGCUGUUAGGGGGGCUUGUAUUGGGGCUGGCCUCGACCUAAUAACCGCCUGCGACAUCCGCCUCGCCUCCCCCGACGCCUUCUUCUCCCUCAAGGAAGUCGACAUUGGGCUCGCCGCAGACGUCGGGACGCUCCAACGGUUACCGAAAGUCGUCGGCAACGACAGCUGGGUGCGCGAGAUUGCGUAUACUGCGAGGAAUUUCGAUGCGGCGGAGGCGGAGCGGAUGGGGUUGGCGAGGGUUGUUGAAGGGGGUCCGGAUCGACUUAUGGCGGAAGCAGUAAAGCUGGCAACCCUCAUAGCGUCCAAAUCCCCGAUCGCGGUCCUAGGCACAAAAGAGGUGCUCAACUACUCGCGCGACCAUACCGUUGCCGAGGGGCUGAAGUAUGUCGCGGUGUGGAAUAUGGCUAUGACGCAGACUGAGGACAUUCCGAUCGCGAUGCAAGCGACGUUGAGCAAGACUAAGCCUGUGUUUUCUAAACUGUAG